CCUUCUCCCACACCGACGCGCACAAGUGCUGGUUGCUCUGGUCUGUCGAUGUGAUCACGCUUUACUCCCCUGGCAAAAGUUGCGAGUAGAUGAGCCAAGCGGAGAGCUCGGCUGCUGGUCGCUCGGCUGGCGCUGGAGGAAGCAGGACCAUCUCAGCGCUCUCGCAAGCAGUGUCACAACUAUCGCGGACGUCACGAAGCGGGCAGGAUGGAGCGGGCUCAAGCUUGGAAAUCGGCGAAGAUGCGGACGUGGAUGCAUACAUUGGUCAGAUGCUCUUGGAAGAUGCCAGAGCUCGAGCAGGGGGGUCAUCAUUCAGAAAUCGCACCUCAAGUUCCGCACCUUCUCAGGCUAGAGCUGCCCCAACCAACAAAGGCUUUCUCGCCAGAGUGAUCAAUCAGGUAGAUGGUCACAACAGAGCCGUUUUGGCCAGACAAGGCCACUCCGGUGACUGGUCCGAAGCAGAACAGAAGCACCUGCGAGACAGCACCACUUCCACCUCUUCGGUGAGGAGGCCGUCUUCCAGAGAAAGAGGGGGCGAAGAACCCCUUCGCUGGGCAGAUGUGCAAAGCGACGGAAGACGCAGAGACAAUCCGCGCAAGGCAGAAGCGGGCAUCUUGGAUGCUAGAGAGCAAGAGUUGAAAGCCAGAUUGACAAGACCGCGAGCGGGCGAUGCCGGGAGCCCCAAGUCGGAAAGGGGCUCGGAAACUCCAUAUGACGCUGUACCUGAGGAAAGCCAAGCUUCAAGUAGACGUCAGAGAUUUGUGCAGCAAGACGACAUCCAUCAUCUACCCGACCUUUCGCGCGAGGACGCAAAAUCUACUCGGUCCAGGCGCGGCUCACAUCACCGAAGCUCGGAUGCACCAAGACACGACGAGGGUGACCGAGCCGCCCGUCUACCGGACGCUGAGCGCGAGCUGUACAGCUCCAAGAUGGAUCGCUACUUCGAGCCGGAUUACGAUGCCGCGCUAGAUGCUGCUCACGUGGGAGAUGCAGGUAUAGAGGAUGGUCAAGAGGGCGAGAUGCUUCGCGAAACGGGUUGGGAAAAGAUGUGGGAGGUCGUCAAGGAGCGAAGAGAGCGAAAGGAGAAGGAGGACCGCGAGCGAAAGGAGCGUAAAGUUAUGAGAGAGCAAAAGAGACGGAGGAGGUCAGAAAGGAAGCAAGACACAGAAUCACCGGUGGAGAAGGACAAGACGACACGCUAUGGUCGCUCCAGACACGGGUCCCAUCGCGGUCACCACAAAGAAGGCUCUGAAAAAUCCGACCGCCAUCUACGUGACAAUGAACACUCGUCGCGCCACGAAGCUGGCGAGAAAUCAAAGUCCAGGCGCCAUCGAGGCGCCUCGCCUGCUUCUGAAUCCUCAUCAGACUCACGAAGAGCUAAGCGAAGCAAAGUGAGAGGGGCGCGACCUGCGUCGCCGAAGAUAAGGGAGUGGGACACGGGCAAGCCGAGUGGGGUCUCUCCACCCCCGGCAAAAGUGAGAGAAUGGGAUAUGGGAAAGAGGAGUCCGUUCUGAGCUCGCGCUGCUCUAUCCGAGAGCGUUGCUUCAGUUGAAUAUUUCCACCCAAUGAUCGCGAAGUCAACAAGAAGCGGUCAGACUUUUCUAGCAUAAUGUACAACAUCAUACAGUCAGAAAAUGCAUCGCCACAUGAAGCGUGCAUCGCGUUAUCGCGACUCAGCGCCGUGCAUAGUAUUUCCUGGGUCACGUCGACGGCCGACAUGGGGAUGGGAAUUAGCAAGAAGAGAGAAGGCGCUAUAUUAGCAAGUCCGAGGUUGUGUGUUCCGAGUGCAG